GAAUCGCCUGAGCCAGGCCUGUGAAGCAAAUUGGGCAAAUAUUUUGCGGUGGGAAGUGGCAUUUGCAGUGUUGCUCAACAAGGUAAAUGGCGUGCAUAAUAUCUUCUUCUUGUUGUGCAGCUGCCUCAGCUCGCUCACUCGUAUCUGCUGACUCACUCCCGACUCACUCAAAUCGCGCUUGCAAAUCUGCUUCUCUCUCAUGGGUUUCUUCAUUUCCUAGUGUAAACAUCUCUGCCAAUAACAAUUCACUCUCAAUCCCUUCUAAUCCCACUCUCAACAAGAAUUCUUUCAUUCGAGCUGCCUGGACGAGGAGAUCUCGGGGUGAAGCUGCUAAGAAACCAAACAAGAAAUCAUGGAAACAGAAGACAGACAUGUACAUGAGGCCAUUCUUACUAAAUGUAUUCUUUUCAAAGAGAUUUAUCCAUGCAAAAGUUAUGCACAGGGGAACUAGUAAAGUGAUAUCAGUUGCUACUACAAAUGCCAAGGAUCUCAGAAACAGCUUACCAUCUCUUACUGAUCACAAUGCCUGUAGAGUUGUAGGGCAACUUAUUGCUGAGAGAUCAAAGGAAGCUGAUGUAUAUGCAAUGUCUUAUGAACCUAAAAAGAAUGAGCGGAUUGAAGGUAAGCUUGGGAUUGUUCUUGACACUAUCAAGGAAAAUGGAAUUAUAUUUGUUUAAGCUUAUUCCUCACAUCUGUUUUAUCUUGAUGGUUGUGAAUGACAUGGGAAAAUGUAUUUUCUCUGCUUCACUUUGUGCCUGCUGAUUAAUUGAUAAUUGAUAUUCAGGAUGAAUUACUAUUUUACCCUGAGACUUGAUGUAAUAUACUAGUUAAUCCUUGUUGGAAUCUUAUGAUUUAGUAUUUGAUUC